CAAUGAUUUCCCACUCCAUCUCAAUUUCUGCAACCAACCGUAUUGGCCGUUCUUUGCUCAGUCUGACGGCACAAUUGCGUACGCCACAGCUCAGUCGCCAUGGGAAGCGCCAGAGUGAUCUACUGGUUUCGCACCGACUUGCGACUCCACGACUCCCCAGCUUUGCAGGCGGCUUUGGACCUUGACCCGGCUGUUCUGUGGCCUAUUUUCACCUGGGAUCCGCAUUAUGUCUACCGGUCCAGAGGCGGCCUUAACCGCUGGCAGUAUUUACUGGACUGCCAGAAUGACCUUUCGGCAUCCAUAACCAAUCUUAAUCCAAGAUCAAAGCUCUUUGUGCUUCGAGAGGCUCCACAAUCCCUCUUCCCUAAGCUCUUCAAGGCUUGGAAGGUGACGCAUCUUGUAUUUGAGAAGGAUACAGACGCCUACGCACGUCAGCGCGAUGAGGUCGUUAAGAAAGCUGCCCAGGCUGCUGGGGUCAAGGUUAUAACGCGAUAUGGCCGAACACUAUGGGACAGCGAUGCCAUUGUCAAGGCCAAUGGCGGAGAACCGACCAUGUCCAUGGCACGGCUACGAACUGUCGGUGCCAAGGUUGGCUCUAUACCGCGGCCCAUUCCGGCUCCCAAGGCUCUGCCGGAUCCCGGUGAGAUGCCGUUAGAUUUCAAUCUCGACCUGCCAGAUGUUGGCCAGGACUACAAUGCCAAGUGGCGCAGUGAGGGCAAAGAGAAGGCAUAUGGGGCAAUUGCAGGUCCGAAUGGCGACUUUGCCAUCGAGACGCUAGAGGAGCUGGGGUACCCUCCAGCAACAACACCGUACAAGGGUGGUGAGAGCCUUGCACUGAGGGAGCUUGAUGCCAUAAUUGAGAACCAAGUCUACACGGCAACGUUCCGCAAACCUCAAACCAGCCCGGCGGCAUUUGAGCCGCAGUCGACCACUCUGCUGUCACCGGCGAUGCAUUUCGGGUCCUUGUCGGUACGUCUUUUCUAUCACCGCGUUCAGGACACGGUAGAUGCCUACAAUCAAGCCAAGAAGAAGGGGGCGUCUCUACCGCCGGAAAGCCUGACAGGCCAACUGCUCUUCCGAGACAUGUAUUUCGCUGCGCAGGCUGCAAUAGGGCCCUGUUUCAGCCAGACCGCGGGGAACGCGCACUGCAGGUUCAUCCCAUGGCACUUGCCUUCGCAUGUUGAAGAUAAUGCAGUAUCUGGACAAGUUCUCAGAAAGUUUGAGUAUGAGGUAGACUCUGAGCAGGCCGAGAGCUGGUUUCGACGUUGGGAGGCAGGACAGACAGGCUUUCCCUGGAUCGAUGCGCUGAUGCGACAGUUGCGAGUAGAGGGAUGGAUACACCAUCUCGGUCGUCAUAGCGUGGCGUGUUUUUUAACCCGAGGAGGAUGCUAUGUGUCCUGGGAGCGUGGACUCGAUGUGUUCGAGGAGCUGCUGUUGGACCACGAGCCGGCAUGCAACGCAGGUAACUGGCAAUGGCUGAGCUGCACAGCCUUUUUCUCCCAGUAUUUCCGAUGCUAUAGUCCCAUCUCGUUCGGCAAAAAAUGGGAUCCAGAUGGGACCUUUAUUCGCAAAUGGGUUCCGGAGCUCGCGUCAUUGGAUAAAAAGUACAUCUAUGAGCCUUGGAAGGCGCCCGAGGCGGAACUUCGGAGAGCGGGUGUCGUCAUGGUCAGCGGUCACGACUUUGGGGUCAAGACGGAGCAAGGUAAGCACAAAGCUGGGGCAGUUCGUGUCAAAAAAGAGGGGGGUGUCGGAGGAGGGGGAGCAAGUGGAACAUACUUUACACCCAUGUUCGACUUUGACGAACGGAGGCGCGUGUGCAUGCGGCUGAUGAAGCAGGCCUAUGACGCUGGCCUCAAAGGUGAUGAUUUGCGUGUGCUCAACGGGUCCUGGCGAGAUCUUUUCGCAGAAGAGGACAAGCCCGACAUUGACAUGUUGGACGGCGAUGCAAAGCACCACGAGAGCGAUGAAGGAGAGUUUGCUGAUGAUGCUGAGCCAAAGAUUAAGCGCGAGGAUUCGGGUGACGGCAGCGGACCGGGAAGAGCAACGAGGGCCUCCAAACGGGAAAAAAAGCCAGCAAAGGGCCAAUCGACACUGGAUGGUCACUUUUUGACCAAGAGACAAAAAACGGAUCAAAAAUGAAGGAUUGCCUUUCGCAUGCCCCUUGGGCACUGUACCUAGGUCGGUAGUACCUACCUAAUUGGAAAUGUUUGCUCUUCG